AUGAAGACUCCACCGAAUUCUGAGGAUGAGUUGGAGGAGGUUGAUUCAGAUGAGGUGUUUCCUGUGUUUAGGGGAGGAGGAAGGUUUGGUGAGCUUAAACUAGAGGUUGGAAUGAAAUUUAAUUCGAAGAUGGAAUUUAAGGAGGCUGUUUGUGAGUACUAUAUCCAGGAGAGAAGGCAGAUCUGGUGGAAGAAGAAUGACAAUUUAAGGAUGAGGGCUAUGUGUAAGGGAGAGGGCUGUGGCUGGCUUGUAUAUGCUUCCCGGGAUAGUGAGGCUGCACAGUACUUUAAGAGCAAGUGUGACUUGGACCUCAACAAGUCUUCACUGACAAGGGCUCUAAGGGCUGCUAGGGCCGUAGUGUAUGCAGAUGCUGCUGCCCAGUAUGGUAUGGUUAGAGAUUACGGGUUAACAUUACUGAAAACUAAUCCUAGCUCCACUAUUAGUAUUGGUGUUAGACCUCAUCCCAAUCUUGAUGAAGAUCCAACUUUUGAUAGGAUGUACAUUUGCCUUGAUGGGUGUAAAAGAGGGUUCAAGGCUAGCUGCAGACCACUUAUAGGCUUGGAUGGAGCAUUUCUAAAAACACAACAUGGUGGUCAAAUUCUCUCUACCACUGGUCAAGACGCAAACAAUCACAUUUAUGUGAUUGCUUAUGCAAUAGUGUUCAUCAAAAACAUAGAGAAUUGGCAAUGGUUUCUGGAAUUACUGCAUCAAGACUUGGGUGAUUACAAACAACAUGGUUGGUGUUUUAUUUCAGACAUGCAAAAGGUCUUAUCCAUGCAGUUCAGGAUGUGUUUCCAAAUGUUUAUCACAUAUUCUGUGUAUGACAUUUAUGGAGGAAUUUCAACAAAUAGUGGAAGGAUAAUCAGCUUAGAGGUUUGCUUUAGGAGUGUGAAAGAUUAUGAAAUAUUUGAAGUUCAUAGGUGGCCUACCAAUAUGGCUGUGGACUUGGGUAAGAGAUCAUGCACAUGUGACUUUUGGCAACUAAGUGGAAUGUCAUGUGUGCAUGCAUAUGCCGCUUUGGCCAGGACUGGUAAAAAGUCAGAUGAAUCCUGUCAUCACUGGUUAACCAUGGAAGCAUACAACAACACCUAUACCUUCCAUAUAAAUCCAAUUCCUGGUCAGACACUGUGGGAGAAAUCACCACAUAAUAGACUUCAAGCACCAAAGUUCAAGAAGAAGAAAAGAAGAAAGGAUGCUGAUGAGGAGCCAAGUAGAGGCAAGAAGCAGAAUAACUCCAUGAAAAGAGUUUAUAAAAAAGGACAUUGUCGCUAUUGUGGUGAAACAGGUCACACCAAGAGGAAUUGUUGUAAGAGGGCCGUUGACGAAGAAUCAGCUGCUGUGGCUGCUGCAGCUACUGCUGAUACUGAUGCUAAUGGAGGUGAGGACAACAAUUCUGCUCUAACUGCUGCUGUAAAUGGUGGUGAUGCCCCACCUAUGCCACAGGAUCAGGUCGAGAUUCAGCUUGAUCUUAAUCAGCCUGUUUUGUCAGAAACUGAUGACUCGCAACAGGUGCAACCCCCUUUUGUUCGGCCAACCAAACUGCCUUCUAAGAGAAAGUUGUCCACACCCGAAAAGAACACUCCAUCAACAAGCACACCAGCUGCUACCACCUAA